CCGAGCGGGGAGGCGGGCUGCGUGUUUCCGGAAGACGUGGCGGCCCGGUUUGUGCCCGCUUCCCCCGGGCCCGCGCCGCCGCCACCAUGAUCUCCCUGUCGGACACGCAGAAGAUUGGAAUGGGAUUAACAGGCUUUGGUGUGUUUUUCCUUUUCUUUGGAAUGAUUCUGUUUUUUGACAAAGCACUUCUGGCUAUUGGAAACGUUUUAUUUGUGGCUGGCCUGGCUUUUGUUAUUGGUUUAGAAAGAACAUUUAGAUUUUUCUUCCAGAAACACAAAAUGAAAGCCACAGGCUUUUUCCUGGGUGGCGUGCUUAUAGUUCUUAUUGGUUGGCCCUUGAUAGGCAUGGUCCUUGAAAUUUAUGGGUUCUUCCUUUUAUUCAGGGGUUUCUUUCCUGUGGUGGUUGGCUUUAUUAGAAGAGUUCCAGUUCUUGGUUAUCUCUUGAAUUUACCUGGUAUAAGUUCGCUUGUAGAUAAAGCUGGAGAAAGCAACAACAUGGUAUAAUGACAAGUGCACGGAAGACUGGUUCUGAAGUUACUGUAUUAUUUAUAAAGUCCUUUUGAAGAAUAUUCAGCACAAAGUAAAUUGUGUACAAAGGAAAAGCUUGCAACAUUCUUUACAUAAGUUUAAUUUAAAACGUAUAGUCUACAGAAUACAUUAGAAAAGAAGCUCAGCAAGUGUGCUUCUAAGAAAAUGACUCAAAAUUCAGUAAGUAAACUGAAGAGGUCAAAGUCAUGGGAUAAUCCAUGUGUAACAACUGUUCAAGACAGCUUUCCCUGUUCUUGGAAAACACGCUAACUGCAAGGAACCUUCCUGGAACGAAUGAUGCCUGUACUUUACCUCCUUAUUUUGAAGGUGCAGUAGAGUAAACAGGUCUUGAUUUCUGAAGCACUCCCCUUCUGCCAACCCAACCUUCCACCUGCCUUCCUCAAAAAAAUAAAGUCCCUCUUUAACAAGAGAUGUUUUUUCCAUGGAAUUAAGAUGGAUGGUCAUCUUUAGGUGUGUGUAACAACAAUGGAGACCCCCACACAUUUCUGCUGAAAAUUUUUUUGUAAAUAUGUGGCUAAAGUAAACUUCUGUUAUCUUAAUGUUUCAAAGCCAAAUGUAGUUGAUUGUGUUUGUCUCCUGUUUUGGAAUAUGCAAAUGGUCAAUCUUAAGUAAUGUUUGAUCUUGAACCUGUACAGUUCAACAAGGAAGUUUGAAAACUGAUUUACUCUCCUUUGGGUUUGUUCUCCUUUUUCAUGUUACUGUGGGCACAUGCAGAUGAGACUAGCCAUUUUGUUACUAAAUAAAUCCUUGCAUGUCAAGGACCAUUGAUGCAAUGAUGUAUUGGGUGAAGGUGCUAAUAUAAACCCUGUGAAAUGCAUACAGAAUAUGGUUUUUAAGUAGUGGGAAGCUUUGCCUUUCUUUCUUGCCCAAGAAAUACAAAAUAAAUAUGGGGGGGGGGGGGAGAAGGAGUUUAAUAGUAAUUACAAGCUUUAAGUAUUGUCUGUCUUUGAAAGAUUUAAUUUAAAAGUUACCUGGAGAACUUGUCAAUCUGAGUAUCUUUAUAAGUGGCUUAAUUGCUCUUUGUUGUCUACAGACAUUUCUAAAUGAUCAUGUCAAUCAUGGGAAAAUUGCAGUUACAAAUAUGUAUCUGAUCUGCAUUAUAGUAGCAUUUGGCAUAAACCUGGAAUAAAAGGUUCCCUGGUACUGCAAAAGUAGCAUGUUUCUAUUUCUGCUGGAAUGUCUAACAUCAUGCACUUCCAAAUGACUGAGACUUGGUAGUAUCUUCAUUUAACCUGAGCAAACAACCUA